AUGGCGGCAACCGGAGAUCGCCGAAAGUCAGUUCUCAUCACUGGAUGCUCGCCUGGUGGCAUCGGAAAUUCUCUCGCACGCGAAUUUCAUCGUCAUGGCCUGCGCGUCUUUGCGACUGCACGCGAUGCCCAGCACCUUCAAGAUUUGGAUGCGAUUGGCAUCGAGACGCUGAGCUUGGUGGUUGAUUCGGAGGAGAGCAUCAAGGCUUGUUUUGAGGAGGUUUCCAAGAGAUUGGAUACGAAGGGAUUGGAUUAUUUGGUCAACAAUGCUGGACGAAACUAUACUGUACCGGCGAUGGAUGUGGACAUCGACGAAGCGCGGUUCACGUUUGAAACGAACUUUUUCGCCGUGAUUCGUAUCUGUCAGACCUUCCUCCCAUUACUCAUGAAAUCGAAAGGAACAAUUGUGCAGAUUGGAUCUGUGGCGGGUAUAAUACCAUACGUCUUCGGUUCUGUCUACAAUGCGUCCAAGGCAGCUCUCCAUUCCUGGAGUGAUACACUACGAGUCGAGGUUGCUCCUUUCGGCGUCAAAGUAACAACAAUCAUCACCGGUGGCGUCAAAUCACGCAUCGCACGUACCGACCGCGACCUGCCCCCCAACUCUCUUUACCGCCCCAUCGACCCCGAAUACCAACGACGCACAAAACAUAGUCAGGAAGGAGCAAUGCCGCACGAAGACUAUGCACGUAGCGUCGUGUCGCAGGUAUUGCUUGGACCCUGGCCAUGGCGAUGGUUGUGGCCGAGCUAUAGGAGGUACAUCUGGGAGGGUAAUCGUAGCUCGCUGAUCAAGUUUCUCACUGGAGCGUGGUUGUGGUGUGGCUUGUUCGAUCGGGUAUUCACGAGGAUGUUUGCGCUCUGGAAGCUGAGGCGUAUUAACUAA